ACUCCCUCUGCUCCACGUUGUUCUCAGUCUGAUUCCGAACGGCUCUGUUAAAUAAUGGAGGUGGCCUCCCGUCGCUCAAACUGAGUUUAAGGGACCUGUUUUCAAGCUACUUGUCGGACGGCAUGCCCUGCCUCCAGUCCCAACCGCUGCAGGAGCAGAUGGCCUCGGAUGGAGUGACUCCCGACACGUCCUCUCCUUUCGACUCUCCCUGCCCGGGCGGAAGGGAACCACCCGCGGUGACCAGCGCCGGUUGGUUUUUCUCGCCGCUGUGGAGCCGUCGGACCAAGACGCACCGAUGGGGGUUCGGGAGCGGAGUGGACAGCGACAGGGUGGAGGUUUGGCUGGAUGAUCACUCGUCCAGGGAGAUGGUGGGAGGCUGGUUCGUGGAGACGCUACCCUCUCCUCAGACCUCCAGAGGGCCCAGCAGGUCUCCGUCCGACCCCAGCUCCAGCAUGCUCCUCCUGGGCCGCGGCCGGGACUCCUUCCCCCUGUCCAGCCCCUCCCUCCGGAUCUCCACCUCCAUCCCCUCCCUGCCCCAACCCCCCUCACCAGACCUCUACCCUUUCCACCCCCCAGUGGGGUGACCCCCUCCUCCUCGAGAAGGCGGGCAGUUGCUCCCCCCGUACCCCUCGCUCCCCCCACUCCACAGUUUCUUCUCGCUCCCUUCGCUGCCCCCACUCCCCCAGCUCACCCCGCUCCUCACCUCGCUCUUCACCCCGCUCUCCGAGGAGGACUAGAUCCUGUGGGCGAGGUGAGCCUUGUGGGCGAGCUGAACCCUGUGGGCGAGGUGAGCCCUGUGGGCGAGGUGAGGGCUGUGACUGGAUGAUGAAGAUACUGGCUGGAGGCUCUGGGAGGAUAGGCUCUGUGGCGGAGCUCUGCCAGGGGGCCCUGCAACAUGCUAUAGAGGUGGUGUGGGCAGAACGCUGCUCUCUGUCUCUGCUCCGACAGGACCAGGAUGGAUGUAAGGGAUUGGUCCAGGUGGUUUCCCUGACGACGCCGGGCUGCGAGAGGGAAGAGUCUUCCAGCAAACAUGCCCACCAGGAGCUGGUGAAGGGCAUCCUGGGAUAUGUAGUUGCCACAGGGAUGCCCAUGAACAUGACAGGAGACGUCUGUGAGGACCCCAGGUUCACCACAGACGAGGACCAGACGGCAGGUUUCAAGAGUGUCCUGAGUGUCCCGAUUAAGAACAGUAGACAGGAGGUGAGCAUCACGGAGACCUCCCAAAUGACCAUUCUAGACACCCCAUUCCCCUCAGAACAUUCCAGACAGAAGUAG